UAAAUUUUAAGUAUAUCUAAAAUGGGCUCAGCUUGAUGAGUGCCUGACCGAGAACAGAGGAAGGGACAUUUGAUUGAUGAAGAAAUGAAUGGAUUGGGAACAAGACUUAGAAAAACAAGUAGUAAAGCAUCACUUAGCUUAUGCUCAGUCGAAAGAGAGAAACCUGGCAAGGAUGGAUCCCACAUACUAGAGACCCAGUCUGCCUCCAGGAUGGCAUCAGGUUUAUCAGAGACCGUUUCCAAACAAAAGCCCAGCGAUAAAAAAUUAUCCUCAAAAAUCUCCGAAAAAGACAAGAAGGAUGAAGAUCGAAGCCAAAUGUUCUCCUCAAGUCAGGCUUAUAACACCAGGAUGACGAUUCAUCGAAACACUCCUAUCUCUCAUGACUUCCCUUUUAGUCCUCAGAAGUAUCAAGAAGGGGGCGAAGGAAGAUUGACUGUCUACAACCACAUCAAAGAAAGCAAUCUCAUCGAAAAGGUUGACAUAUCUUCGAAUAGGCCAAAAAUAAAAUACUCAGAGGCCUACACCCACAAGUCUGGUGAUACACUAGACAGAUUUGAAGACUUGCCAGAUCUUGAUCAGAGUCUUAAAAAUUUCUACGAAGCAGAUGCUUGAUUUAAUGCCGACCAUGUCUAUGACCUGCUCAGCAAGUAUGAAAUGAGUAAUAAAGAUGAAGACUGGGAACAACAUCUUGAUGAAGAGGACUAUAAGGCCUGGACUUCGAUAACUGGACCUAUUUUGAGCUUCAAACACCCCUUACUCUACUCUGAAAUGAAGUUUGAUGGAUCUACAGAUAUGGAAAAACUCUGAGAAAUCAUGACAGAUUAUGAACAAGCUCUUAGGUGGAAACCUCAUCUCCAGUAUGUCAAAGUUCACGAUAAGUUCUGCCAAAAUGGGAUCAUCGUCCAGUCAGAAUAUUCAAAAGUUGAUUAUGAGAUUGGCCCUAGAGAUUUUGUGGAAAAACAAAUUGUUAUGAAUUCUUUCGAUGCAGAAGAGAAACCUAUAACAAUUAUUUUCUGCUCCUCCAUCCCUUCGGAUAUAUAUCCUUCUCCAGAGAAAGUGAAGCGCUGAGAAACCCUCUUAAGCUUAACGAUCUUGGGUGAAGAUGGCCAUGGAAGUGCCCUGGUCAAGAACUAUAUGUUAGUCGACUCAAAGAUUGCUCUUUACUCAAGAAUGCUAUUGCUGAAGCAUUUACCAAAGAAAAUUGAGAUCAUUCACCAAAGUAUCAAAAAGCUACUAGAUGAAUAA